AUGGCGCAGAAUCAUCCGAGAAACCACGUCGUUUUCGCACCGUCGCAGGAGCCCCACCGUGGUAUCAAGUCCGUCUUCUUGGCCGGCACGACGACGAGGACAGACGACCGAGACUGGCGCGAGGUCCUGGCGGAAUCGCUCGCAGACUUACCCCUUACCAUCAUCAACCCGUACCGGGCGGAUUGGGACAAGAGCUGGCGCGAAGACGCAGCCUGUGCGCCCUUUCGCGAGCAGGUGGAAUGGGAACUGGAGAUGCAAGAAAAGGCCGAUAUAGUGGUUUUUCACUUUCACCCGGCCACCGAGGCACCCAUCAGCCUGCUAGAGCUAGGUCUCUGCGCGAGGACAGGGAAGGCUAUCGUAGUAGCACCCGAGGGAUACACCAAGCGGGGAAACGUACAGAUCGUAUGCCAGAAGCACGGGCUGGAGAUGGUGGGAAGCAUCAACGCUUUGAAGGAAGCCAUAGCGAAGAGACUGCCCGCCGACUCUCCGUGA